UGGGGUCCCAGAACUGAGUGGAGCUGAGACGGUGCUGUAGCUGGUGGGAGGAAGUCCUGGAGGCCAUGGACAUUCAGCCACUGGGAUCACCGAGAUGAGCAGCAGUUGCUCAGGGCUGAGCAGGGUCCUGGUGGCCGUGGCUACAGCUCUGGUGUCUGCCUCUUCCCCCUGCCCCCAGGCCUGGGGCCCCCCAGGAGUCCAGUAUGGGCAGCCUGGCAGGUCCAUGACUUUGUGUUGCCCUGGAGUGACUGCUGGGGUCCCAGUGUCCUGGUUUCGGGAUGGUGAGUCGAGAUUGCUCCAGGGACCUGACUCUGGAUUAGGGCAUGAACUAGUCCUGGCCCAGGCAGAUAGCACCGACGAGGGCACCUACAUCUGUCGGACCCUGGAUGGUGCACUUGGGGGCAUGGUGACCCUUCAUCUGGGCUACCCUCCAGCCCGCCCUGUCGUCUCCUGUCAAGCAGCUGACUAUGAGAACUUCUCCUGCACUUGGAGUCCAAGUCAGGUUAGCGGUUUACCUACCCGCUACCUCACCUCCUACAGGAAGAAGACGGUGCCAGGAGCUGAUGGUGAAAGGCUGAGUCUAUCCACAGGACCUUGGCCAUGCCCACAGGAACCCCCGGGGGCUGCCCGCUGUGUGGUCCAUGGUGCAGAGUUCUGGAGCCAGUACCGGAUCAAUGUGACUGAGGUGAACCCCCUGGGCGCUAGCACACGCUUGCUGGAUGUGAGCUUGCAGAGCAUAUUGCGCCCUGACCCACCCCAGGGACUGCAGGUAGAGUCAGUACCUGGUUAUCCCCGACGUCUGCGUGCCAGCUGGAUGUACCCUGCCUCCUGGCCCCGGCAGCCCCACUUCCUGCUCAAGUUUCGGCUGCAGUACCGUCCAGCACAGCAUCCAGCCUGGUCCACGGUGGAGCCAGCUGGAUUGGAGGAGGUGAUCACAGAUGCUGUGGCUGGCCUGCCCCACGCAGUGCGGGUCAGCGCCCGGGACUUUCUGGAUGCUGGCACUUGGAGUGCCUGGAGUCCCGAGGCCUGGGGGACUCCCAGCAGUGAUCUCCUCAGGUGUCACCUCCCUUCAGGGCCCCUGCAGAAGUCGAAGUCCAUACCAGCUGGGGCCCAGCCACACACACAGCGGGAGGAGGUGCCUGGUGUGGAUGGACAGGAGGAUAGUUCCACUCCUCCAAGGCCCUCCCUGCAGCCAGACCCUCGGCCUCUUGAUCAUAGGGACCCCCUGGAGCAGGUGGCUGUGCUGGCGUCUUUGGGAAUCUUUUCUUUCUUGGGACUGGCAGCUGGGGCUUUGGCACUGGGGCUCUGGCUGAGGCUGAGACCAAGAGAGAAGGAUGAACCCCAAAAGCCUGGGUUCUUGGCCCCAAUAAUUGCAGUGGACAAGCUUCCAGGAACACCAAACCUGUAGAGGAGCAGCAAGUCUUCAGUUGAUUGCACCUAUAACACUGUCUUUCUGGUGUGGAUGGAUGGACAACUAGAACCAGGCAGGACAGUAUAUCCUCAUGGAGGGGUAUCUCAGCUUGAUGUUCUGUUUGGAGCCCAUUUCUAUGAGUCUUGUGUUUUAAACUUGCCAGCUAAACGGUGCCAGAGCCUCUGAUUUCAUCCUAGAGCUGGAGAUCCCUGAAGAAUGUGUGUAGGUGUGUAUGUCUGUGUUCAUGCGUGACUACAUGUAGAUAAAGCAGGGAAUGUGUGUUUACUGCAUGCCUGUGUAUUUGUAGUUGUAUGGGGAGUAUGUGUGGCUCCUUGGCUCUUGGCUUUGCCCCUAGUGGGGGUUGUGGAGAUGUGAAUAAAGAGAAUUUU